AUGGAUAAUAGAUACUUGUAUGAUACAUUUAUUGCCAAGCUAACACAAUUAGAAGUAAGUAUUUCUAAAGCCAACGUUGAUCAGCAACAACUUGACCAGAUUAAGAAGGAAUGUACAGAAAUCCAGUCACAUAUUCAAGAAGAACUUCAGAAGCUCCAGAAAUAUGAAAUCAAGCGGAUCAAUGAAAAAUUGAGCCAAUUAUUUACAGUGAUAAGUAGAAUAGAAACUGGUUUGGGUAGUAGAGUAUUUAGAUUUGUAGGCGAGCCCAUACCGAGAAACGCACUAUCAUUGAACAAAAGUAGCGAACAAGAGUUGCAACCGAUAGAUUUUAGUAGCAAUAAUACUAAACCCGAACUUGGUGAUCUAAAUGGUGUCAAGUAUACCAUACGGCAAGAGAGCUCCUUUAUCAGUAAUGUUGCAAAUUGCAUAGUAACAAGCUCCAAAGGACUUUCUCAAAUUCAUUUCAAAUUCGGUCACAGCAAUGUAUUGUGGCUAGUUGCAAAUGGGCCCGUCUUUAUUGAAGAGUUGAAGAAUCUGAUAAUAAUUGUGGAUUGUCAUCAAUUGAGAAUGAGAAAGGUGGAGAAUUGCCAAAUCCAUGGAACUGUAGCAAACAAUAGAUUUGUCAUAGAGGAAUGUAGAGAGUUGGUCGUAGUGACAGGAGAAGAAGAUAGUGGCUUGUUUAGUGUAGAUGAUUUCUCAGACCCAAAAAGAACUGCGAGAGAUCGGACAGGGAGCGUGAACAUCAAGUUUGUUCGAGUCAAGAGCAAUGGUGAUUUGGCAUUGGUGCUGAUCACAGAAAUACACGAUGGUGAGUUAAGUAGAGCAGAUAGAGGCAAAUUGUCAAGUUUGUUGGCUGGAAUAGAGUAA